AUGGAAUUAUGUUAACUGCUACCAAAUUAGUUCAAUAAAAGCUUAAAUCUCUCUUCAAAAUAAAUCAUCCGGAUUGGUAAAUUAGUUCAGAACUCACCAUUUCUAAAUUUAUAGCAUCUUCAUCUUAGUCAUAAUAACAUAUCAAUUUUGGAUGGCAUUGAAUAAUUCAAAUAAUUAAAAAGCCUCUCUCUAUCAAAUAAUCAAAUUGUUGAUAUCAAUGAACUUCAAAAAGUCAAUAAGAAUCUCUAAUACUUAUCAAUCCAUACCAAUCCAUUAACUGUUUAUGAUUCCCAUGAUGUCUGCUACAAUCUGUUCCCAAAGCUUAAGAGACUAGAUGGAAUGACAGUUGACAUCAGAAUAGUCAAAACUCAAAGAAUUCAAGCUGAAAUUGUUUCAAGAUGGCUCAUACCCUGGCUAUAAUUACUCAAUAUCUAGAUGUUAAACAUAUAAAAAGUCUUAUCCUUAAGAAGUGCAACUAAAGAGAUUGAUCAACAGUCACAAUUCAGGGUUGUUUCUAAUGAUCUCUUGUUACAAAUUGAUUGGCAAUUCAUUGAUAGAAUGUUGCCAUUCCUCAGUUCACCCUCUCUCUAGAACCUGUCCAAAUUACUUCAAUCAAUAUCAUAUGGUUAAGAACUUGAUUAAGCACAGACCAAAGAAAUGAAGAAGAUACACCAUGAAACAUUUCAAGAUGUCAUCAAAUUGCAAUCUUCCAAUCAUUAUGCUGCAUUUAUUGAUUACUUAAUAAGAUUAAAUGACGGAGAUAAAACCAAUUAUUAUAAAGUAUUCCUCAAAAUCCAAAAACCUCAAUUGCAUAUCUCCUCUGAUCUAUACCCUAAGGAUGAUGAUCUCAUACCUCAAGAAGAACCUCAGAAAAUAGCAUAGACAGUUCCCACAUUUCUCAAAGAUAAAAUCAAAUGUUAAGAAGUCAUUUCAAAUACAUUCAGAAAACAAAGGACAAUUCCCAAUUAUGAAAAAGAGUUGUUUUUCCAAUACUUUCCAGUCUUUCCUUUUCGUCAAGAAUACGUAUAAUCCAUCUUAUAGAUUGCCACAAUAAAGUUAACUGAGCUCAAAAAUUUAGUAUCCUAAGUUGCCUAUCUAAAAUAAAAUGCUAUUCAAAGUGUUCCUUAGAGUGUUCGUACCCUCAGGAGGAAAUAGAAACCAAUUUUAAAAGUAUCCUCUGAAGAACCUGCCCCUUAGAAAUUACUAUUAAAACCAUCAAAGCUAGAAAUAUCUCCCAGAGAAGAAUUGGUUUUAAAUAUAGAAGAAGAAGAGAAAACAGUUGCUAAGAGUUAUUCAGAUGUUAAAGGCGAGAUAUUAAGAUAAAAAAAAGCCUAAUCUCUGGCAUCAACAUUAAACAAAGUAUUUUAAAAAAGAAUCAAAAGGUAUUUCCGCAGGAUUAACAAUGUAGAAUAAGAGAAUACUAGAUUCCUAGAUUAUCCUUAAGUUGUCUAUUUAUCAAGUUUAUUUUAUGCUAUGAAAAGAGUCCUAGAAUAAAAUAGACAAAAAAGACAGAGACAAUAGAAAAGGAAAUUAAAAAGUCUUGCAUUUCAGGGUCUUAAACUAUAUAAAUACAUCAAAUUGAGGGAAUCUAAAUAGGUUAACAAAGGAUAUCAAAUUCUUUAAAAAGUAUAUUUCAAAAAAUUGAUCGAUGGAAUCAGGUGUAUGAAACAUUUACUUUAACCUUCCUUAGAAACAGUGAAAAUUUAAACAUUUAAAUUAGUCUUAAGAUAGGCUCCUUUCUAAAAGAAUGACAGGACCAUUAAGUUAAAAAAUUAUAAUGAUGAAAAUAAUGAAAAUCAUAAGAUAUGCAGUGUCUGCACCUAUUAGUUCUGA